AGAAAGUGAACACGCAUAUAAAAUAAAAUAAAAUAAAAAAGAGACUUACAGUUUUUUCUUUUUCUUCUUUCCUCUCUUUUCUUAUAAAAGUAUACUACAAUGACCAACUCUAAUUCAAUUUUACCUUCUCCCCCUUCUUCCCCUAUUGAAGCAACGCCAAGAAAACGCUCUUAUUCAAUCUCAUUUAUUCAAAACGAAACCUCGCAAGAACCCAUCAAGAAACAUAGGACAAUUAAUUCAGAUACACUCAGAAUCUACCUUGAAAAACAAGGCUCACCCAACACAUGCGACCAACACCACUACCGGUCUCUACUGAGCUGGGCCUGCAUAGGUCGCUCAGCAGAAUCCAUAGAACAAUUGAUGGAUUGUAACCAUUUGGAUAUCAAUCUACCAUCCGGACCUCAUCACACGACAGCAUUACACGAAGCCUGUCUGGCGGGAUUUACACAAGGAGUCAAGCUUUUAUUGCAGCACCCUGAUAUUGAUGUCAACAAAUUAGAUGGCCGAGGUAGAACAGCCGUCCAUUGUGCAACACAAUCAAAUCACUUGGCAUGCCUUCAACUCCUGUACCAAAUGGGUCAUGCACGCCUUGACCUUUUUUGUGGUGAGGGUAGACUGGCUAUUCACACAGCUGUACUUUAUGGCUACCAUGACUGUGUUGAAUUCUUACUGGCGUCCAAUUCACCUAUAGACAUGAUCAACACAGUGAACACACUUGACUAUAAAAGCACACUGGAACUAGCUAUUGUUGCUGGUUACUCAAGCACACUUGAAUUAUUACUUCAGCAUUCCUCUGGUCAUCAAAAAAAGACAGGCUUAGUGUCCUUGGCUGUUGAAUGGAACCGUAUCGAAUGUCUACAGUUACUGAUUCAAUAUGGCUGCUGUUUAGAUGACAAUAGCCUGCUAAAAGCAGUACAGCAACGCAAGAUUGACAUGGUGCGUGCCUUGAUCAAUGCCGGUGCUCAACCCUGUCUAUCCUCUGGAUAUAACCCCUCCUUUUUAUAUGCUGCUAAUCAUGGGUUUCUAAAUAUGAUCCCUCUUUUGCUCACAUUAAAUACAUCCAAGAGUUGUAUUCAACAAGCCUUUGUCUUGGCUUCUACCAUAGGCUUACGAGACCCAUUGACUUCAGUGAUUGUCCAAACACUCAAGUCAUUAGCAACUAAAAAAUACCAAAAGAAAUAAACUUUUUUUUUUAUUUAUUUAUUUA